AUGACCGAAUAUUUGACUAGAAGGGAUGAUCUGGACAUUGUGUGCGAGAUCGAAGACGUACGCAAAGUCCAUUCGGAAAAGUUUGAAAUUCCUGUAACAAAGCGCUUAUCCAUGGUUAAGAAUUUUGAUAAAUUUUGGAUGACGGGAGAGUUUUGCGACGUUCAGUUCAUUUUAAAAAACUGUGACGGUAACAGUGAAAUCAUAGAAGUCCACAAACUCGUCCUAAUGGGUGUUAGCAACUACUUUUUGGGAAUGUUCAGCAAUAGCACCAGCGAAUCAAAAGUCCAAGUAUUGGAUUGGUCCAACAAAAACAUCACGUUCGAGGCGUUCGAAGCAUUCUUGGAGUACAUUUACGGAGUCAAAACAAUUGAAGAUAUAAAGGAAUUGGCGUUUGAAUUGAUGAUGCUCGGAGAUAAAUUCGACGUAAAAGAGCUCAUUAGCGCGUGCGAGGUCCUUGUGUUGGAUGACAUCAACGAAGAGAAUAUUGGAAGAAAUUUGUUAUUCUCCAAGAAACAUAACUGCAAGGUGCUGCUCGAACGAGCUAUCUUAUUUUCAAGAUCAUGCCUGACGAAACUUGUGAUUUCCAAAGAGUUUCCCGAACUGGCCAAGGACAGGUCGCUGAUGGCCGAAUUGUUCUAG